AUGUCGAAUAUCGUGCUCGGUAAGGAUUCCUUCUACCGGCGAAUAAAACGCCUCUACGCCAACUGGAAGGAACCAGAGUUUUCCCAUGAUGAUUCACUGAAGAAGGUAGAUUGCAUUCUGACGGCGGUUGGCGUAGACGAGGAAACCAUCUACAGCAAAUCCAACUCGCUGCAAACCUGGCUGCUGAGAUACGCGCUGAUCGAUACGAUUAAGGUGCUGUGUGAAAAGUCCAUCUUUUUCCUAACCAGCAAGAAGAUCGACUUCUGGAAGCAGAUCGAGAAGGACGGUGAGGAGGGCAUUCCGUCGGUGAAGCUGUUGGUUCAAGAUAAAAACGACAAAGACAAGGCCAAUUUUGAAAAAGCUGCUGGACAUAAUCAAGAACUCCAACAUUGGUGCGUCUACUCGAUCCAGCUGUUCAUUAUCGGUUACAAGAAGCUGUUACAAUGA